UUCUAUUCGCGCAUCCUGGUUCUUAUUCUAUGUAAAAAAAACCAUCUGCAGUGCGGAGUGUACCCUCUACAGAAAAAUAGUUCAUGUUUAGAUCGUCAACUUAACAACUUAAAAAAAUGACUUAAUCAUGUUAAUUGCUUGUUAGAGACGGGUUUAAAAUAUUCGACUGGCAUUUUUUUCCUGCUUUUUAAUAAUCAUUCAAACUUUUAAUAAUUUGACAAACUUUUUUUAUUUAUGUGAUGUGUUAGUAUCAAAGACAUGAAGGUACUUUUUUUUUUCAUCAAUUCAUUGGUACAUUUUCAUGCGUGCAUUUAAGUUUCUGAACAAGUUUAAUAUUAAAAAAAUUUCUUUCCCCCAUGGUCUAAACAUAUGUACCAAGUUUCAACAAAAUACAUCAAUCAGAACGGCCUUUAUAUUUACGCUGCCUUGGAGGAAAGAAGCAUGAUAUUUGCCUUCUGUAUCUAAAGACUAAAUAUAUAAAAUAGAGAAAAACCAAUGGUGAUGCAAAACAUUUCAAAUGAUUUACAUAUUAGAACAGCAUUUUAUAAACAUCAUACCAAGCAUUUCUUUGUUGUAGCUUUCAAGAAAAAGCUCUAAUCAUUUAUAAAUCAUCAUCGAACUUAGACUAUUGACAUUUUCAAAAACUUUAAAAAAUUAUUAAAUGGUUUUGAAAUGGUGUGAAAAUGGUUAAAUAAAAAAAAGAGUCUAUGGAUUGUUGUUUAAAAAAAUUUCAUAACUUUUGUUGAUUUUUUUUCAUUUUUAGUAAUGUUAUAACUAUCCAAACAUUUUUUGAAGUUAUCUCUCUGAAUUAUUGAAAUACUUAUUCUUUAUUUUGAUUUUUUUUUUUUUAAAUAUAUAUGUAUAUAUAUUGAAAAUAAUUUGUCUCAUUUCAUAUGUUCUUUAAAAAUAGUGCUUAAAUCUAAAGAACAUUUCAGAAUUUUAUAUGUGGGAGUAGUGUGAUAAUUAUAAACAUAUAAAAUUUCUCCGAGUAUAAAUUUUAGAAUUUUAAAUGCUGAAUUUAUUUUUUUCCGGAAUGGCAUUCCAGUCCAUUCCUCUUGGCUUGUAUCCACCGGGCAGGAAUUUUGAGCAGCAAGAACAAAAGCCUCCUUUAAAUAAUAAUCAGAAUGUUCCUGUACCUCCUCCCCAACCACCGCCACCACCUAUCAAUGGUGAAAAGUCUCCAAUAACUGCUUUAAUUUGUGAUCAAUGUGGUAAGACAUUUGCGGACAAAAACAGUUUUCAUCAACAUGCCCAGUUUCAUUCAAAGCCUUUUGCAUGCAAAGUGUGUAAAAAGACAUUCAAUUCCCAAGGGACUCUCACUCAGCAUAUGCGCAUCCACACUGGGGAGCGCCCUUACAUCUGUCAACACUGCGAUAAAAAGUUCAACCAGGCGGCUAACCUUCAACAGCAUCUUCGGAUUCAUACGGGAGAAAAGCCUUUCGUCUGUGAACAUUGCAACAAGUGUUUCAAUCAAAAGGCUAUUCUCCAGCAGCACAUACGUAUUCACACGGGUGAAAAACCCUAUACCUGCAUGUAUUGUGGGAAGAAAUUCUCCCAAUUGACCAUCUUACAGCAGCACAUCAGAAUCCAUACUGGUGAAAAGCCUUACGGAUGCGAAGAAUGCGGAAAGCGUUUCAACCAGAAAACGAUUCUUGAUCAACACAUACGGCUGCAUACUGGAGAGAAGCCUUUCACAUGUCCCUACUGUGGGAAGAAGUUCACUCAGAUGGCGAUCCUCCACCAGCACGUUCGGAUCCACACGGGAGAAAAGCCUUACGGCUGCGAGCGCUGCGGUGAGAAGUUCUCCCAGAAGGCCAUCCUCGUUCAGCACAUUCGGGUUCACACGGGAGAGAAGCCUUUCCCCUGCAUGUAUUGUGACAAGAAGUUCAGUCAGAAGGCGAUACUCCUGCAGCAUAUCCGGGUGCACACCGGGGAGAAGCCAUACGGGUGCGAACACUGCGGGAAGAGGUUUCGUCAGAAAACUAUCCUCCAGCAGCACAUCCGCAUCCACACAGGCGAGAAGCCGUUCGUGUGUGAGCUCUGCGAUGAGAAAUUCAGCCAGAAGGGGAAUCUGCAGAAACACUUGCGCUCUCACUCGGGCGAGAAGCCGUUUGUGUGUGAUCACUGCGGACUGAAGUUCACUCGCAAAGUGAUGCUGGACCUUCACAUACGUAUGAGUAUGAAGGGACCGCACACCUCCACCGACAUCGGCAAACCUGUCUCGUGUCACUUCGGCUUGUCCACCGACAAUAACAAACAGCUGAGCAAACCGUAUAUUUUCAAUGCACCUCCAAGUGAUAAACCAAUUGCUAAGCCAUGCCACUUCAAUCUGGCAACAGAGAAACAAGCAGCUCAUGCUUCUCUUGCGGCUUGUGUUUCGAGUGCCAUAGCUCAGAAUGAAUGGGCUUUUCCACAGUAGCAUUUUCAGUAGAUCUGUGAUUUUUUCCCCCUUUUGUUCUUUUUUUUCUCUUGCUCUUAACCUGUGCUAUUAUUGAUUUCUUUUAACUUUGUUGAUAUAUUUUAAUUGUCUGAUUUAUAUCAGUGUUAGUUGAAAUUGUUUACAAGUGUCUGACCAAUAUUGGGUAUGACAAAUAUUCAAGUGAAGGAAAAUGUUUAGAUGUAUUAAUACUGACUCCUUGUGUUGAGAAUUGAUGAAGAAUUCUAAUACCUAAAAUUAUAGUACUAAUACACUGGAAAAGAGUGAAUUCCUCUACUUUUAGAAGCCCUUUACCAAUAUUUUUUUGAUUUGAUUUUUUUUCCCCCCCAAAUGCAAGUCUAUUAUCUUUUAAGCUAUUCAUGCAUUUUAAACUUGGUAGAAUCUUGUAUUCCAUUAUCUUAGUAUUUCAGAGAUGAUGAUGAUUUAAAAAAUGGCCUUUCUUAUUACAGAUGUUUUUAUAUAUUUGCUAGAAUGCACUGUUAGUAACAUCUUCACCCGGUGAUGUUCAUUUAGAAUUAAAAAAAAAAAAAAUUCUGAUAAGUGAUUAAAAAUAUUGAUAACUAAUUAACAUUUUGGUUAAAAUCUUUUUCACCAAUAUGCAUAUUACAAAUGCAGCAUAAUGAGUAUUUUUAUUGCAUAUUUGUUUUUAAAGAACUUAUUAGAAAGUAGGAAUUCAGCACAAGGAGUUAAUGACAACUUUCAAAACUGUGAGCCAACUAUUUUGAGUUUACUUAAUUUUUGUGUUUUAUGCAGUUUUGUAAAAUGCUUCGAAGGAAGCAUGCAGAAAUCAUUAAGUAUUUCAUAAUUACUUUUAUUAGCUGUGAUUUGAUGGAUUAAGUUUUUCUUAACUGUUGUGGCCAUUUUAUGUUCCUUGAGAUUCUAGUUAAUAAAUUUUGCCAAAUCUUUUAUCAACUAUUCAUUUUUCAAAGCAUGUCAAAUGCUCUGAAAGUUAUAAAGUCCUUUUAGUCAGAUAAAAUAAAAACAAAGAAAAAAGUUGUUACUGGUUCUAAUUUUCUGGCCCUAAGUAAAAAUGAAAAUCUUUGAUUAAUGUGACCAUUGACCAUUAUUAUCUACAUAAAUGAUGUUUGCAUAAUUAUUUACCUUACUGUAAGCUUAAUUAUUUAACUAUUGUAUUUAUGUUGAAUCUUAAGUUAUAAUUUUAUGUUCUUUGGCUGUUAAUUUGUUUAGUUCCACUGGCAGAUUUUGCUUGCAAACAAAAUUAGGCUUUAGUAAAUGUCUGGAAUCUGAAUAUUCAUUUACUCUAAAAGAAUGUUUGAUUUUUUGUUUUGGAUUCUAUUUAAAAAAAGAUUAUUUUUCCCCCUUUAUAAAUUUUGGGCACUCCCUUUAAAUGCUGUGUAGCUAUUACGUGAUUGGUGACAAGAUUCAAUAUUGUACUGUAUCAUAUGAGAGGAAAAUAAAGCCUUCCGGGAGAACUAAGGAAAUUUACCUGCUGUGUGGAGAGAAGCCUUUGAGAACUAUAAUUUUCUUUGAAGCAUUAGUUGUCAAUGAGCCAUUCAUGUUCCAAUGGUUAAAUUGAUAAAGUGCCAUAGGAUUUUUUGCUGUUGGGUGAUAUAUUGAAAUAAAAUUGGAACUGUGCUGUAAAAUUUAUGUCUGAAAUCAGAUUUCAGUGUAAUUACAGUUCAUAUAUGUUUUUUUUUUUUUUAAUGAAAUGCAUUUAAAACUUAUAAUGGGGUUAAUUCAUGUUACUUUGUUACAUUACAAAUAUAAUUACAGUCAUUUAACAUCGCAUGCAACAUUUACAUUUUGUAUAAAGUUUUUGGGUAAGAAAAAAAAAUGUUAUUAAGCUUUUAGCUGUUGCAAUACAGAAGGAAAAGAUUGUUAUAGUAUGAAAAUAAUUUUCAAGUGUUUACUUAAAAAGCAUGAAUUAUUAAAGUAUAGACUAUGAUUAUUUGAAGGAAAAUUUUUAAACUUGCUUGAGACUUUCUUUUAUAUAGCUCCAAAACUGAAGCAUGAAUAUUUAUUAAUUAAUAAUUUAUCUAUAUUUCAGAUUUAUUUUAUAAUGUCAAUGAAUAGAAUGAUUCUAAUGUAAAUAUUAAAACAAUAUUGAAUGUGUUAGAAAAGUUUUUGAACUGUUUAAUGAAAAAUUAAUUUUAGUAUAAAAAUUGUUUUAUUAUUAAAACAUACAAAAAAAUUGAAAAAUUAUGUAAAUAUUACAUGAAUUGUUCGUAUUAGAAAUACCAAAUGCAAGAUAUUUAAUUUUAUAAAAGGCAAGCAGAUGUUUAAUGAUAAUGUGAAUUGACUCCAUUAUGAUGACAGACAAUAAGAAAUAUGUUUUAUUGUAAUUUUGCUUAAAAGCUUCACUAUAGUAAAAUUUUUGAUUUUAUAGUAUUUUAUUUUAACUUAAUUACAAAGUGGCUUUUAAAAAGUUAUGAAAUUAGUUUGUAAGGGCCAGAAAAUUUUCUCAGAUCUGCGAAUACAAAAUCUGACAAUUUAAUAACUUUAAAAGACUGACUAGAGAAGUAAAUGAUAAAAACAGCAUGUAAUAUUGAAAUCAUUACUAUUUUUUAAUUGUUUCAUUAUAUUUUUCAUUUGUUGAUUGUUAUUAGGUUUAUGGCUUAUUGCAUUGAGCAGUAUUUGAUAGGUCUGAGAUUGAGAUCUGUGUAUAUAUUUAUUAUGUUUACAUUUUCAUUUUAACCUUUUCCUUAUUUAUGAGCUUUGUUUCUUUUUUAGAUGCAUGUAAUUGUUAUUGUAGUAGUAGUAUUGUUUUGUAUUUCUAUCCUUGCUCUUUUUUUGGGGGUUGGCAUAAUAUUCUGGCUUUUUUUUGUUAAAUCUUCUGGUUCUCUAUUGCUUUCAAGAUUGUGGAUAUUUUAAUUUAAGAAAUAUCAUUAAUAUUUUUUGAUAUCUUAGCUUUUUUCCCCCCACUGUAUAGGAACGCAAGGUUAAUUUACUAAAAAUAAUCGUGGAAAAAAAUUGAAACUGCUAAACUUUUUAAAAAUUAUGAAAUAGCAAUUAAAGAAAUGUUUUAGUUUCUGAAUAAAAUUACUUCUAUUUAGAAAUAUUUAGGAAAGUUAUGUAUCAAUUUUUUUUGUUGUUAAAAUUAGUUUCAAAGGUUGAUAUUUCUUUUUUAUAUCAAACUGAAAUUAAUACUCUUUAAGAUUUUAGAUUUUAUUAUAUAUGAAAUUGUAUAUUUAAGAGGGUAUCUAAGAAGUGUUAAAUUGCUUAUUGGUGAGUGUGAAACUUCAUUUCUUUUGCUGAAUAUUUAGCAGUGGCACAAUUAAUGCAUUUUGCUUUUUAAUACUCUAUUUGCAUGCUAUAAAUUUUGUUGUUUUGUGUUUUGUUGCAUUAUUUUUCUCUUCAGCUUCAUCAUUUAUUGUUUUGUGUAUAUUUUAUUGAUUGUUGAAAUUUGUCAUGUUUUAAGCUUUGAUUUUGCUUUUCUAACUAUUUUUUAUUGUAUAGUUAGGCUCAUUAAAAAUGUACAUGUUAGUAAAGGUACUUAAAUAAAAAUACAACCUAUGACACACUUGAUACUUUAAAAAUGUUAUCAACCUCACUGAUACAACUUACAAGAUAAAAGCAAAGAAAGGAUGUACUCAAAUACACUUGAUAUAAACAGUCAUUUUUUAAUGAGAAUAUUUUCUGCACUUUUUUUUACAUAUCAUGUUUCAUAUCUUAAUAAACAGUUUGUUGGAAUUUCCUUUUAACAGCUACUUUAUAUUCUUAUAUUUGUUAAGUGCAUUAAUUCCUAUUUUUAUUCAAAUGUUGUAAUAAAGAAUAUAUAGUAUUUUUAGAUUUGCUAGUAUUACUUCAACUGUGCCGAAUUUCUGCUAGGACUUUUAAUACUGUAUUUACAUUGUCCUGUUCUUGUGGUAUGUUGGCAUGGCAUAGCAAAAUGGCCAACAAAUGGAAAUGUAAAAUGUUCAACAAUCCUUUACAACCACCCAUGAUAUGAUAUAGUAUGUAGUGUGAUUCAGGGUAUUAUAUAAAUGUUACAUGGCAGUGAAUUUUACAUGUUUUUACCCGGGACUCAUGGUAGGUAAAUAAACUUGUGUACGCUUGCUUCUAGAAAUACUUAGUUUAGUGAGCGCUUUGUUAACUAUGCAUAUAUGUACCAUAGGCUUGUGCAUUAUAUGAGGACUAGAUGGAAUGUCACAUAUUUAGAAUUUGCUGCAUAAUAUAAAAAAUAUUUAUUUCUGUAAUUGUGCAGGAUUAUGAUUUUUCAGUAUUUAUAAGCAGCAGAUUUAACUUUGACUACUAAGAGCCAGCAUUUUGAAGAAAGAAUAUUAUUUUAAAACUGAAAAAUCAGCAUUGUAUUUUAUAAAUUACAAUUCAAAAUGUGGGACAUUUAUUCGUAAUUUUAAAAAUUAGGCGUUAAUAAAAUAUAUAAAUAGGCUUUAGUUUAUUUUGUUACAUUAAAAUUAGUACAGUUUUCAAUCUUUUAUAAUAUAAAAAAUAUUGAAUAUUAUUUAUUCAAAUGAGUUAGCAUUUAUUCUUGAAUUAAUACUUAUGGUAGUAAAUUAUUUUUAAUACUAAAAUUAACUUUCUACUAUUACCAUUUAUCUUGAUGAUAUAUUAUUAUGUUAUUAAUUUCAUGUUUUAUAUAUUCAAGGUAUCUAAACUUUUUUUUUAGUUGAAAUAUAUUAUGAAUCACUUAUUUUCACAUAAUUGAAAAUGAUUAAAAGAUAAAAAUUCCCACAAAUUCUUAAAAAAAUUGAAAGAUUAUAUCUGAAGCUAAAUAAUUUUAAGAAACCAUAUUAAUUGAAAUAAUAAAACAAUCAAGAUUUGAAUCAUAUUAAAUAUGAAAAAUUUAUAAGUGAUUUGUCAAAUUUAAAAUUCUGCUGUUUUCAUUUUGAUUUCUAAAUUAGUAUAUUUAAAGUUACAAUGUUAUAUCUUAAUUUAGUAAAAAGUCAGUAAAGGUACUAUGUGCUUUUUGAUCUGGUCCAUUGUAAUCAAAGUGUGUGUACUAGCCUAUGUGUGAUGUUUUGUUAUUAUCAAACUGUAAUAAGUUUGUGUUCUUUUAAAUACUGGUUUAGAAUUGCCAGAAAUUGGAAAAUUCAUUAUAAAAUUAGCAAUAUAAUUCAAUUUGAUUUUCAUGCUGAUAUCUACAUCAGUUUGUAAAAUAAUUUGUUUUUUGGCAGUUAUGAAAUUUUAUCUCUGUAGAUCAGUUAUCUAUAUAUACUCAAAAUCUUAUUGUAAUUCUCAUUGUUUACUCAUUUAAAUUUUUGUGUUGUAGCUUUGUAUAAAUUUUAUCUCUUGUUUGACUGCCUUAUUCUCAUAUAUAUUAUUUAUUCUGUAUUACUUAGAAUUGUAUCAAUGUUUUUCUUAUGAAUUCAAUGAAUUUCAUACUAAUGAUUUAUAUGCAA